CCGCUCUCCAAGCGGCCGCUGAGGUACGAAGAAGCUACCAACGAGCUCAUUAACGAGGAGCUGGGCAUUGCGUACCCCAUCAUUGACGGCAUCCCCAACAUGAUCCCAGAGGCUGCCAGGACGACUCGGAAGAAGCCCCCCGCUGAGGACUUGAAUCAGGCCUGA